ACUCUCGUACCUUGUGGUACGCCUGGUCACACUGUUGUUAAUGGGUGUAAUCUAUCUCAGCUGUUUUACCGUGACUUUGUUUACAUUUUUCGAGUUUAUUAACAUUUAAACAAAGUUUAACCAUAAAUAAAAUGGCCUCUGCUACCAGUUCAAGUGCUCGGCAUUUAUUCGACGAGUCCAAGAAGCGCUUGUGUGCCCGCGUGGGUGAAAAUGCAAAUAAUUUGGGUUCUGUGGCCCGACAAGUAGUCCGAGGUUCCAAGAGCAAUGAGAUCAUGCACCAAACCCUGAAGAACUUCACCCAAGUGGACGUGGUCUCGGAUUACAGCCACCAGAAUCUGCAGAAGAUGACGCUGAUCCUGCAGCACGUGGGCUACCAGUACGAUGUGAUGCAGGACAGUGUCAACCACUUGGAUUACCUCAAGGAGCAGGUGACGGCCAUGGAAAGAUGAUUGGAAGAGC